AUGUAAAUGGUCAGAGCUGCCACACCUACUGAGCCGUGGUAUUGUUUCUGCGGUAUGCGACAGUGCUGUCCAGCUGUCUGUGCACGUCUUGCUUUAUUAAAUAGCCAGAUCACUAUAUCGGAGAAAACCAGAAAGACAGACAAUUGUCAAAAAUUUUGGCAAUUUAGUGUGUGACUUCUGAAAUUAUAUGUGGCUACCUCGCCGUUUUGAAGAUUAAUCUGCAAAAAUGCUUCAGAGUUUUUCUCCGUCCCGUUGCUGGGACUAUGAGACCGAGCCGCUGUUGUUUGACGAAGAAAUCUGCCAGAUCCUGAUGAAGGAUCUGCACACGCUGCCCACGCCGCCGCAGUCUCCUCCUAUGAAGACCGGUCUGGACAAGCCCCUGUCCAAGGUGGACCAGCUGGAGUUCGUUUCGGAGCUGCUGCUGGAGGAACAGGACUUUCUACAGCUCAACUGGAACUGCGACCUGCUUCGCAAAGACUGCCGAGCGGAAACGGACAGCAUCAAGGACCAGCGACCAGAAGUGUCCGACGACUGUUUGUGGCAUUGCCUCGGUGACAAAUUCCCGGAGGAGAAGCUCUCGUCGGUACUCUCCGGCCCCCUGCUUUCGGACAUUGACACGAGCAUUUUCGAGGAGAUCGCCGGUUCUACGCUCGACUGCCACAGCGCGGCGCUGGUGUGCCAGAAUGAGGACUUGUCGUCCCAACAGAACGAAUCUUCGGAUUCCAGCUCCCUCUCUGCGGCUAGCGACUCUUCGGCCAGCGACUCCGAGGAAGAGAUUGACGUGGUGACGGUGAAGAGGCGGGGUCAGACGGCGCACCAGGGGGAGGUCCCCAGACAGCCCCGCCCCUCGGCCAAGCGCUGCCACCUGGAGAUCCAGCAGCACGACAUCCAGCUCCAGCACAACUACGCCGCGCCCCGCCCCGCCUCCCCGCGUCGGGCCGACGGCCACAAGCGGGCCCGCGGCGACCGCGGCGAGCCCCAGCAGCGCUCCCGCCAGAACGCGGCGGCGGCCGCCGCCGGCGGCGACGGCGAGGACGAGGAGGAGCGGCGGAGGACGCACAACGUGAUGGAGCGGCAGCGGCGCAACGAGCUGAAGAACUGCUUCCUGCGCCUGCGGGACCACGUGCCCGAGCUGUCCCACAACGACAAGGCCUCCAAGGUGCUCAUCCUGAAGAAGGCCCGGGACGGCAUCCGGGGCCUGGAGGCGGCCGGGCUCCGGCUGGCCGCCAAGCGCGACAGUCUCCGCCGGCGGCAGGACCGGCUCAAGGCCCGGCUCGAGCAGCUCCGCAGGUAGUCUGGAGCCCCCUCCCCUUCCCCCCUUCCCCCCCGCUGGGGAGGAAGCAGCCCGAACUCACGCUCUCUGCCGGAGCGGCCUAAUCCUCCUCCUCCUCGUGUCCCGUCGGGACGCGGGAGCGCUGUACGGACUCGCGCCCCGGAGCACAGACUUUCACACGCCGCCGUUUCAGCCUCUCUCUGUCUGCGUAAGGUUCGGCGGGGGCGGUACCUCCUUCCCCCACCCCCCCGCCCCCCGUAGCUCGUCCCAUUGGCUCCCAGCCCCGCACACUGUAUAGCGUCGUUAAGUCUUAGCGGUCGGCCAAAGACCCAUCUAGAAAAACAGGUCUUCUGUAAAUAUGCCACGUUUGUUUAUUAAUCGCUUCAGAAAAAAAACGAAUAGUUCAGGAGAUUAAUUUUUCUUUUCUGGGGUUGAAAAGCAGAGGCCCGGUAUGGUCCUUACACAUUCCUCUGUUUGUUUCCUAUGUACACGGUUAAAAUUCAGUUUGAUGAUUAUUAUUAUUAUUAUUAUUAUUUUAAUUUUUUUUUCUGCAACACAUGCAUGUUUGCCGGGACUUUGUUUUGGGCUGGACCCAAAGUUUGUAUCCUAAUUAAGGGUCUUGAUUUACGUCCAUCAAUCAUUGCACAGUUAACCUGACGAAGGCUUGUUCAAAAGAGUUCUCAGAGGAUGUGUUUUUCUUAUUUUAUUUUUUUUAUAUGUUCAUUAUUAAGUUGUAUGCUGACUUGUACAUGGGCUGAUUUUGAGUAUAUUUCAGCUUCACAUUAUAACAGAAGAAAUAAGGAUUCAGUUGUCUGCGUUCCGUUUUGUACUGUUUUAAUUUGAGUAUAUUAUGAGGCCGAUUUUAUAAACCAGUUAACUGUUAAAUUUGUGUGGUCUCAGGUACCCUGUCAGGAAAGUCAGAUUUCGUUUGUUUAAUGCAUGUGUUGUCUACCUCAGCUAGGUUUUUAUUUUUAUUUCCUUUUUUGUUUUUGGGGUGGGGGGGCUUUAAAGGCGUUGUACAGAGCAUUUUUUAAAUGUUAAUGUAAUAUAAAUUAUUUUAGAAUUUCUAGUUCAUUUUUAAAUAAAGUUCUGUUCUUUAUCAGCAGCACUUGUUUUGUAAUGUAAUAAAGAAUGGGUUUAAAAGAGAA